AUGGGAUUAUGGCUAAUGGAUGAUGGCUUUGGUGGUGGCGGCGUUUGGACCAAGCUAUUUGCCUUUACAUCGUUGGAAGAUAUCGUGACACCUUUGCGAUCUUUGAGGGGCAGCAACCAUGAUGAGUUGCUUCUUAUAGUUUCCCAAGAAGGCCGCUUGUUCACGUUCGACCUCGAUAUAGAAACCCAAGAGUAUGUUCAGGUUCGCAGCAUGGACGACGACCAAGACUCUAUCUUCCACGAGUAUGUUGCGGUUUGGGGCGGGGACCCAGAUUGUUUGCAAGUUGUUGUGUGUGUGGGUAGCAUAGUUCCCUUAUACAGAAGCAAUCAGUGCUAG